AUGCCCUCUCCCACAUUCUGGUCUCUCGUGGAGAGCUCACUCACGCCCUCCUAUACCCUCGCCAUCAUCGCCAUUGUCUUGAUCCUCGGCGGUCCGAUUAUCCUCCACUUUAUUUUAUCCAAUUCGACAUCCUACAUCAUCCACCCUCAGGUGGCUCUCGUCGGCCCUGAUGGCGUGGGGAAAACGUCCUUGAUGACUCUUUUCGAGCGUGGCGAUUCGCCUUCGCAGACGCAUACUUCCCAAAAGGCACACUCCGUCGAGCUCAACGCUUCCACGGAUAGUAGCUCAAAGUACAGCUACAAGAACCACGAGGAUACGACCGGCACCCACACCAAGUUCCUCCUCAUCGACACACCAGGCCACGGCAAGCUACGCAAUGUCGCCAUGGAGCGACUCAACCGCUGCGAGAGGCUCAAGGCCAUUGUUUUCAUGGUCGAUGCUGCCGCGCUGGGCGAGCCCGAGUCUCUUGCCCCGACUGCCUCCUACCUUUACGAUAUCCUCCUCUUCCUCCAGAAGCGCGUGAGCGACAAAUCCAACAACAAGAAGAACAACACGCCUGUCCCCGUUCUCAUUGCUGCCAACAAGGUCGACCUCUUCACUGCACUCCCCUCGACCCUUGUUAAGACCAACCUAGAAGCGGAGCUGUCGCGCAUUCGCUCAUCGAGGAGCAAAGGCUUGCUGGAUUCAGGCGUGGGCACAGACGACGUUGGUUCCGAGGAGCAGGAUGCCUGGCUAGGCGAGUACGGCUCCGAGAAGUUCUCAUUCAAACAAAUGCAAGAAUUCGAAAUCGACGUUGAUGUACUCCCCGGAAAUGUCACUGGAGACGGCCCUGGGGCUGAAAAGUGGUGGUGGUGGAUUGCUCAACGCAUAUGA